CCUCCCGUCUCUCCUCCAACCAAGCGACCGGUUUACCCGCCGAAGUUCAACAGGAGUCUAGUCGCCAUUCGGGGUAGGGUUUACUGCAGAAGCUGCAAAUACGCUUAUUCCGGGCCCAAAACACUCAAUGACGCUAAACCCGUUGAAGGUGCUGUGGUGAGACUAAAGGACAUAAUCGCAGAGACAAAGACGGGCAAGAACGGAGACUUCUUGCUUUUGGCUCCUAAGACGGUGACGAACUUCGGUAUCAGGGGAUGCCGUGUGUAUCUGGUGAAAUCAAAGGACUACAAGUGCAACAAAGUCUCCAAGCUUAUGGAUGGAGAUGUCGGUGCCGUACUCGAGCCGGAGAGAACGCCUGGAAAAUCUGCGGUGAGUACAACUCAUUUUUCGUAG